AUGAACUCCGUGAGGAAGACCUACCGCAUCGCCUCUAUACCAGGUGACGGUAUCGGAGUGGAAGUGACCGAGCAAGCAAUUCGAGUGCUAAAGAGACUUGAACAGCUCCUGGGCACUUUUACUCUAGAUUUUCACAAUUAUGAUUGGAGCUCCGAAAGGUAUCAAAAAACGGGAGAAUACAUACCUGCUGGCGGUCUGGAGUCGUUGAAAAAUCACGAUGCCAUCUUCUUUGGUGCUGUCGGUUCUCCAGAUGUUGCUGACCACAUCUCCUUAUGGGGUCUCAUCCUGCCCAUUCGUAAGAUGCUAGGGCAAUACGUUAAUGUUCGCCCGAUUCGUGUCCUUCCCGGUCUUUCAUCACCUCUGAAGAAUUGCAACACCGAAGACCUCGAUUGGGUUAUGAUCCGUGAGAAUAGUGAAGGCGAGUAUGCCGGCCAGGGGGGCAUAACGCACGAAAAGACAGAGUACGCCAUCGCCAACGACAUUGCGGUGUUUACCAGACGAGGUAUUGAGCGCACAAUGCGUUUCGCCUUUGAAACAGCUGCAUCACGCCCGCGAAAGCACUUGACUAUGGUCACCAAGAGCAACGCACAGCGUUACGGGAUGGUAUUAUGGGACAAUGUCUUCAACGAGCUGGCUCCCCAGUACCCCGAGGUCAAAACAGACAAAAUGCUGGUUGACGCAAUGACAGUUCGAAUGGUGCUAAACCCGCCAAGUCUAGAUACCAUCGUGGCCACGAAUUUGCAUGGCGAUAUUCUUUCUGAUUUGGCGGCCGCUCUCGCAGGUAGCAUUGGAGUCGCGCCUUCGAGUAAUCUGAAUCCGACGAGACGCUUUCCGAGUAUGUUUGAGCCUAUACACGGCAGCGCCCCAGAUAUUGCAGGUCGUGGUGUGGCGAAUCCAGUUGGAACAUUUUGGUGUGCUGCCGAAAUGCUGGCGUGGCUGGGUGAAGCCAAGGCGAGCCAGUCUUUAAUGGAAGCUGUAGAAUGUGUAUGUGCUGGUGGGAUAAAGACAAAGGACGUCCAGGGUACAGCAAAUACCUUGGAGGUUACAGAAGCAGUAAUUAGGAUGCUGGAGAUGGACCUCGCCAGUUCGAAUUAG